CGCCGGUUGGCAAUUCGAGUUCUCAUAAUUCACUCUGGUUUCUCUGAUGGUCUUAUAAACAGAGGUUGUUGGCUAUUCUCUUGCAUAAACCUGAGCUGACUCGUUAUACCCCCUUCAACGCGAUUCCGGCUCAUCCCACGCUUUGCUUGAUGACUCAGGACUGGUCGCAAAUCAAGUUGGAACUAGAACUAGAACCAUCCGUUCACAAUGUCGUCGCAGUCUUUCGAAAUCAUAUCUUCACUACGCUACGAUCCUGCCCUUCCACCCGUACUCGCUGAGAGAGGUGUAGAUGCCUCCCACGACUCCCUCAACUCCCCUUAUUACCUUCUUCCUUACCAUCAAGACCGGCUACGAAAUGCCGCAGCUAAUUUCGAUUGGAAGGAUGCAUUAAAUUUUCUCCAGCAGGACACGGAACAAUUCAGUCGAUUCCUGGAUACCUUUAUCCCCGAUAAAGCAAAGCCUUGGCGCGUCCGCAUUGUUGUUGAUCGCAGCGGAGAUUGCAAGGUCGAAGUCAACCCAGCGGCACCGAUCCAACCUCAAACCCUUUUUAUCCCUUUCUUACCACGCACGACGUCGAAUCCAUGGCGCGUUUACAUUGACACAGAGUCUACAACACCCUCCGCGUUCACUACGCAUAAGACUACUGCUCGCGAUUUCUACACGGCUGCGCGCCUCCGAUCGGGUAUCAUUUCUCCACAGGAUGACGCCGAAGUAUUGCUUGUGAACCCGCGAGGCGAAAUUAUGGAGGGAAGCAUCACAACACCAUUCUUCAAACGGCGAGGAGAUAAUUUAGAACACAAUGCAGCAGAGUGGAUCACUCCUCCACUUGCAAGUGGCGGCAAUGCGGGCACCACCAGACGGUACGCUUUGGUCCAAGGCUUCUGCACUGAACAGACCAUUGCAGCUACAGAUCUCGUUGAAGGAGAAGAGUGCCUGUUAAGCAACGGAGUGCGGGGCUUCAUAUAUGGCAGGAUCGUCCUCAAAGGUCCUCACAGCUAGCCAUUAUUCCCAGGUGAAAUCUUCUUGCAACUAUCGGAGGUUUCGGAAACGAACAAGAGAGCAGCGUACAGAGUAAUACGUACGACCUCGCCCAUCCUAACUCCUAAGGUCAAUACCAAGUCGGGAGAACUUGUAGAUCCCAUCCAAUAUUUCUUGGAAUUGCCAUUUAAAGGCCAAUUGCAUGACUCAAUCCGGAGAAUAAUAACUAGGGUUUAUACUUUAUACUAUAGUAAUCGG